CAAUAAAGGACUCCAAAAAAUUAAAAAGAGAAAGAAAAACCAGAAACCUGGCCUGGUCUUUACCGUUACAAAAACCCGGUUACCGUCUACUCCCACAAAAUAUAUAAAUACAGUUUCUAAUUUGCCGCGUCAUUUGAAUGAUAAAAUCCAAAAUCCACCAACAGCUUCUCCAACACUCUUUCCUCCGUAGAAAUGAGUUUGAAUUCGUCUCGCUCCGCCGGCUCGUCCGGCCAGCGAUCCAAUUCCAAGCGGAGCUUCAAUUCCAACUCUUCGAACAGUAACUCCAAGAAGAAGCAGCAGCAGAUGGCGGCCAACCAGAAAACCCUAGGCGCCUCUUGGGGCGCCAAUUCUCUCUCCUCCUCUCGCUCCUCCUUCAAAAAAGCUCCCUUCUCUGAUUUCGGCAGUUACAUGGUAGAGAAGAAAAGGAAACUUCAUAAUCAGUUCGGUACAGAAGCUUCAGUUUCUUCACACAGUGGUUCAAAUACCGGAAAUGAUAUUUUUCGCGGGGUUUCGAUAUUUGUAGAUGGCUACACGGUUCCUCCCAAUCAGGAACUGCGAGGCUACAUGUUGAACUUCGGUGGAAAAUAUGAGAAUUAUUUUUCCAGACAUCGUGUCACACAUAUCAUUUGCAGUAAUCUUCCUGACAGCAAAAUUAAAAAUUUGAGGUCUUUUAGUGGAGGGCUCCCAGUGGUGAAACCCUCCUGGAUAUUAGAUUCAGUUGCUGCUAACAAACUCUUGAGUUGGGUUCCUUACCAACUUGAACAGAUUGCUUGCAACCAACCAUUGCUGUCAGCCUUCUUUUCCCCAAAAGUAAUCCCGGACUCUGGCGAUCCUUUGGGAGAUGCUGCUAAUCAAGUAACAUAUGAAAGUGAGGUUACAUUGCUGGUGGGAGCCAUAGCGGAAGAUGCUACUGGAUCUGAUGUGGGCAGAUCCACAGAACAUAGAGGGCAAAUUAGUGGAGAAUCUGAUAACAUUAUGUUUGAGAACGACAAUGGAGAACCUGGUCAGGUGCCAUAUGUAAGUAGUGAAAAAGAUUGUGAAGUGCAAAUUGCAGAUAUGACUACUUUGGACGCAGAAGUGCAUGACAGUGUAAAAGAUGAACUUCAGUGUAGUACCCACCAAACAUCAGCUUCCGAUUGCAGCUACCACUUGCCAAGCUCUUCAAAUGUCGGGUCUAGUAGAAGUCAUUCAACUCUUGGGGAUUCCAAUUUUGUGGAAAACUAUUUUAAGAGCUCAAGGCUGCACUUCAUAGGAACAUGGAGAAAUCGGUAUCGUAAACGUUUUCCGAGUUCCUUUAAAGGGUUUAAGAGCACAGAGCCUAAUCUUAGUGCUUCAACGAGUUUUCAGAAGGCUGCCAUUAUACAUAUUGACAUGGACUGUUUUUUCGUGUCAGUGGUCAUCAGGAAACGUCCUGAGUUUAAGGAUAGGCCUGUAGCUGUAUGCCAUUCUGAUAAUCCAAAGGGAACUGCUGAAAUUUCAUCUGCAAACUACCCUGCUCGAAAUUAUGGAGUGAAGGCUGGGAUGUUUGUUAGAGAUGCCAAGGCUAUUUGUCCAAACCUUGUCAUUAUUCCAUAUGAUUUUGAAGCUUAUGAGGAGGCAGCUGAUCAGUUCUAUGACAUCUUGCAUAAGCACUGCAAUAAAGUACAGGCAGUAAGCUGUGAUGAAGCAUUUUUAGAUGUCACAGAUGUGGAAGGGGUAGAUCCUGAGGUGUUAGCUUCAAUUGUAAGAAAAGAGAUCUUUGAGACAACUGGAUGCUCUGCAAGUGCUGGCAUAGCCAUAAAUAUGCUUAUGGCUCGCCUUGCCACUAAAACUGCUAAGCCGGAUGGUCAAUGCUAUAUUCCUACCGAAAAGGUGGAUGAGUAUUUACAUCAACUUCCUAUCAAGGAACUUCCAGGAAUAGGACACACUUUAGAGCAGAAGUUGAAGAAACAACAUGUUCAGACGUGUGGACAGUUGCGUAUGAUUUCAAAGGACUCUCUUCAAAAGAACUUUGGGAUGAAAACUGGGGAGAUGUUGUGGAAUCAUAGUAGGGGCAUUGAUAACCGGCUAGUUGGGGUGAUUCAGGAUAGCAAGUCUAUUGGUGCUGAAGUGAAUUGGGGCGUGAGGUUCAAGGAUUUGAAAGAUAGUCAACACUUCCUCUCAAGUCUCUGCAAAGAGGUGUCUUUACGCUUGCAAGGAUGUGGGGUGCUGGGCCGUACUUUUACCCUUAAGAUUAAAAAAAGAUGUAAAGAUGCAGGGGAGCCAGUGAAGUAUAUGGGCUGCGGAGAAUGUGAAAACUUGAGCCACUCUGUAACGGUUCCAGCUGCUACUGAUGAUGUGGAAGUUCUUCAAAGAAUAGCGAAUCAGCUCUUUGGGUCUUUCUCUAUAGAUGUUAAGGAGAUCCGUGGUAUUGGCUUGCAAGUUUCCAAGCUUGAGAGCACAGACACUCCAAAGCAAGGAUUUGGCACAAAAUCUUUAAAGUCGUGGCUCACAUCAGCCUCAAGGAGUACCGAAAAGAAAUCUAAUUUUCAUUCUAUAUCUAGGGUGAAGGUGAAUGUAGAUUUCACAGCGGAUUAUCUUACAGAUUGUGAGGAUCGGAGAAUUGGUGGAACUUCAGGCCUGGUUGGCAACGAUUCACUUGGUAUUCAAACUCCAGUGCUCAAUAGUCUGUCUAGUGGUGAACCUUCUCUGGACCAGGUUUCUGAGCCACCACCUUUAUGUCAUCUUGAUUUGGGAGUUAUUGAGAGUCUUCCUCCAGAAUUAUUUACGGAACUAAAUGGAAUCUAUGGUGGGAAGUUAGUUGAUUAUGUUGCUAAAAAUAAACGAGAAAAUUCCAGUUCUACUGUACCACAUGAACAAGUACACGGUGCAAGGAUUGGGAUUGAGAUACCACUCGUUAAUGAUGUGGUCCCCAAGAACGAAACAUCAGUAGAAAUCAGGCAUACAAUAGUAGAAAAAGAAGCAAUUCCUUCUGCUGUGGUGGGAGGGAACCAUCAUGUGGAAGUUUCUACAUCAGGUCUUGGAAACACUGAUAUAAUGCCGUCAUCUUUAAGUCAAAUAGAUACCUCAGUGUUGCAACAGUUGCCUCAAGAACUGAGAGUUGACAUACUCGGGCAGCUUCCUGCACACAGGAAAAAUGACGUAUCUUCAAGUGCUUCCUUGGGCCCUCCUGCAGAAAAGCCUCCGGAAUUAUUAGGUCCAAGUAACAAGGAUCAUUCGGGACCAAGUGAUCCUGCUUUGAACCACAAACUUUGGAUUGGAAGUCCUCCUGGGUGGGUUGAUGAGUUCAAAUCCAGCAAGUGCAUGGUGUUAAAUGUUUUUGCUGAGUUGUAUUACAAAUCAGGGUCAAGUCAAAAUUUAUCCACCAUUCUCCGAAAUACUAUUUUGGAAUCUCAACAUCCUCCGGAUCCAAGUUCUGACAGCUGGAUCGAAGCUGUGUACAGCUUCUCUGAGCUUCUCAGGGAGUAUAUUAACUUAAAGAUUGACUCAGAUAUUGAAGAGAUCUAUGUUUGUUUUCGUCUUCUUAGAAGGUUUACAAUGAAAUCAAAAUUGUUCUUACAAGUAUACAACGAUGUCUUUCCUUACCUUCAGGCAUCUGUCGCUGAGAGUUAUGGAGGAAACUUGCGCAUAUAGCUAGACUUGUGCUUCUUGUCAUUUGACUACACAUUGUGCUGAAUUUAACAUCUAAGGAGCAUAACCUGUCAUUUCUCAGCAAGGCGUACCUUGUAAAGUUGUAAUCAUAAGUUCGACACCCAUUAGUUAGGUAUUCACAUCCGUUUUCCAUCAACACAGGAUGUGAGAUUACGGUGAUGAAACAUUGUGAAGGGCCUCGAUCCAAAGAUUUUGGGAAGAGAGAAGGAGAAGGAAGAAGCUUAAUGAAAGAAUCUAUCUCCAUUGGGCCUUCGUUCCCUACACUAUGGUAAUUGGCCUUAAAUUUAGGGCUGGCAGAUUAGCACCAGCAAUUUUGGUACACAAUGACAAUAUACAGUAACAUCGAAGAGUAGUGCUUGAUGGACCGCAAAUUCUCAGACGGACAACGCUUCCCUCCUCAAGAGCGAUUGAGUUCGUGAAAGAUUUGCAGAGGCAAAGUAAAAGGAUUCCAUGAUGAGCUUGAACAGAAACUCAAAUGAUGGAGCUCCUGCAUAAGGUUUAGGUAUAUGGUGGCGGAGCUACAAUGAGCUCAAUAAAGUGAAUCGAUUUUGAUACUUUGUUCUUGUUAAUUUACAAAUAUAAGUAAAUAUGCAUAUAUGGACAUAGUUAUAUUGCCGAGCAAAUGUGUUUUCUCA